CGUUCAUUGUAAAGAAUUCCUUCCGAAUUUUUAAAUCACGAAGUGUGAGAGUGCUGUGAUGACAAGUCUAGUGUAGCUUCUUAGUUAUUUAAUGAUUCUGGUUUUCGAAAGUUUACUUGCGUUUUUGAUUGUUUGAUUUUGAUAAGAUUAGAGUGGGCCCCACAAUCACGCGCAGCUAUGUUUCAAGAACCUUGGCUGAAGGGGGAGAAGGCUGCAGUGCUUCAGGGUGGAUUCUUGCUGGCAGAUAAACUCUGUCAGACAGGGUCACUGUCUGCUGUAAAGAAGGAAGAAUGGAGCACAGUUGGCCGUCCAAUAAUUGAUUCAAUCGGAGAGCUCUAUGGACAAGGACAAAGAGAGCAUGAAGAGCAGGUCUGUUUGAGAAAGAGGAUUCUCUGCACCAUAUGGAGCAAGCUUUUGGAGAAAGAGAGGGGAAAGAAUGUAGAGACAAGUUGGAAGGAAAACGCCCUAUUUUCAAUCCUUAAUCAACUCCCUGACAUCAACCGCACAGUUCUGUUUGAGGUGAUAAAGUCAAUGGACUUCUACAAAAUAUAUGUAGAGUUGCUUAUGUGUCUACAACCAGCUGACUUGGGCUUAGAGGUUGAGCAUCUUGUCCAGUAUGUCACCAUUGAAACCACUGCUGAGGAUGCCCAGCUCCUGCUUGAGGUGUGGAGGGGGCUUUGGAGGGGCAACUGGGGAGGUACAGAGACCUUUGACCGCGUCUUUGUCGACCAGUUUACUGAUGCUCCAUCUCAGGCCCCAAAAAGAGCAAAGCUUGGCCCAGAAAUAACCUCAGACAGAAGUGUGAUGUUCCAUCUCUUUCGCGCUGUGAGGCAAAUCAAAGACGCCGUAAAUUCAUCGGAUUUGUGCUGCUUCGCACUCUCCAACUGCCUUGACUCCAUCUAUACGUCAUACCUAUUAGACCAGCAGAAAGAACUCUCUGCUCGUGAGAAACUUGAGAGGCUUUCAGUGGAGGUUGCUCUCGCUAAAGAGCAUAACACAACAGAGAGAUUUGACCUAGUGAAGGUAAUUAGCGAAGCACAGAAAGACCUCGCUGCUGUUGAGACUCCAUCAAAGUUUAAGCCAGCUGGACUCACCUUUACAAAAGCAAUGCAGACAGCACUUUGCCUUCUACACGUUUGGGAGGAGAGAGGAUUGCUGAAUGUGGCAGAGAAAUGUAACCAGAGGAGUGUACUACUUCUGAGGAACAGCAUCCAUAGAAUGCUUCAGUCAUUAGAUAAGUGUUCUGAGACCGAAGAAGAAGAGAGUGCAAAUGAGCUCAAAAAUGCGUUGAAAAAAAUAUCAGAGGGCAUGCUACAUAAUGAACCAACAAAGUCUUCUUUUGAAAUGGCCUCCAUUGCUAUGGCCAUCAUUGACCAUCGCUUGCAGGGAUUUCAGGAAUUCCCCCAGUUAUUUGUUGCUGAAUUGAGCUGGUCUCUCGAUGGAAAUGAGUGGAUCAGCUGUCUUGAGAGAAACAAAACUGUAUUUAAACAAAGAGAACUUGUAAUGAAGUUGGUUUCCACUCUCACUGCCAAAUGCCAAACUGAUGAGAGUGUCCAGAACUGCAGAAGACUCAAAGAUGUUGUUGUUGACCUUUUCUGUGAACUACCGACAUCAGACAAAAAUGACACACUAGUUGAAAUGAUCAACCUUUCAAAAAAGGGUCUGCAUGGGCAUCUACCACAGGCUCUAACAGAGGGAUUUAGUGAGGACCUUAAUUUAGCAUUCAACUGCAUUAUCCAGGGAGGAGCACAAAGCAACUCUGACUUGGCUGUGACUGCUAUAGCCCGCGUUGCCUUUCAGAACCCUGAGGCCACUUUGCGUCACUGCUGCCACCUAGCUGUGAUGAAUCUGGGAGCUCACAUCCAUCUUAGCAAAAUUCUAAAAUGUCUCUCUGGGCUGGGCGCUCAGCCAAGCAAUGAGGAGCGGAUGAAGACGGGUGAAAGCUUGCUGUGCCGCUGUCUACAAGAGACCAUGGAAGACAAACUGUCCUCUUCUAAGGAGCAGGAGCAGUUCCUCCAGUUCCUGGUCACCCUGAUGGAGCCCUCUGGUGACACUGGGAGGAGCUUUGUUCCUCCUCAGGAAGCAUUCCAGACCUUCAUCUUGCCAUACCUUUCCUCCCCAUCAUCACACCACUACAGCCUGGAACUGUGUUUAAGGCUACUUCAUUCUGCAUUGGUUCUGGAACCCCAAGAUGGCUCCUCUCAUUGGAUAAUGGACUGCUCCCCCUUUCCCCUUCUGUAUUGUCUGUGUCAGUUAUUGAGUGACAGUUGCAGGUGUUGGGAGGUGACCUCAGAAGAUGUGCAUGUGUCCAUGGAGUCCAAAGAGGUUCUGACCUCCAUUCUGAGCACCCUGGGUGAGGUCAUCGGUAAGGAAGUUGCUGCAGCACCCAGUGUCUGGUCCAGAGCCCUGUUCUGGCUCUAUAAUAAAGUGGAGGCCUUAGACUGGACUGUGCGUUUUCAUCUGAAAGCAUUGUGGGGCGAUCACUUUAAGAAUGAGGUGCCAAGUUCACUACUGGAAGUGUGUGAUUUGCCUGAACAGGAGUGGUCUGGCAUGAAGCUGGCCCAGUAUGGAGAAGGCACAGGACUGUUGGCAUGGCUGGAGUGUUGUUGUCUUUCUGAUGUGAUUCAGAACAUUAUGCUGGAGUCCCUGUCUCUAGAUAUGCUUUCACCGGACACUGUCAGCAUGUUUAGCAAAGGCUUCUUACUGGCCCUUUCACAGACCCUUCCGUGGUGUACUAUGGGAGAGUGGGCCAGGCUCAUACAAGCAGUGAAACACCUCCUCAACUCCGGGCGACUCCAUGUGCCUUACUCUCUGGAGUAUGCCGACUUCCUGCCUCUGCUGGAUCUCCGGGCGUUUGCCAGCGAGCUGCGCCAGUCUGUGCUGCUGCUGCGAUUGUUCCAGCUGCUCUGCGGCUCCAGCUGUGCUGACUGGCUCCCUCGUCCUGGCUGGUCCCAUGUGGGGCGGCUGUACGCCAGCACCAUUAGAGAGACGCUGGACUUAUUAAAGGCCAAACUCCCACCCAGUGCCUCGCCCUCAGAUGACCCGAUGCCCGGUGGUGAGGUGGGUUGCCAGGAGGUGCUGUUUGUUCUGACGCAGCUGUUCUGCCACGUGAUGCAUGUGCAUGUGAUGAUGCCAAGCCAGUCGGAGCCGCUGUUCCUGUGCGCACUGGAAAUUCUGACGCUUUAUGAGAUGACCCUUGCGGUGCACCCCAAAAGCUGCACUUCUCUUGAGAGCGAUAACACACGGCACUUUCUCAAAACCAUCACUGACAACUUGGAAAGUGAACACAUGAAAUCUAUUCUCCAACAGAAGAUUGCACAGCUGUAAUGCAAUUAUGUGAAAUUUCUUUUUUUACUUUAGUGAUUAAUGUUUUUUUUUUGCAUUCUACAGCAGAUCCAUACUUGUCAACAUUGUCUGUGUACUGUGUACUUCAAGACAAGGACAAAGUUACUGAAGGCAAAAUCUGUUUAUAAUUUAAGUAAAACUUUAAUUAUACAACUUGUUUAACAAUUACAAAAAUAAAGUCAAGAAAGAAUCGUCUUAA